UGGUAAUUUAUCAUCUUACCGAUUACAACAGUGAUUUCAAUUCUUUGAAAAAAAAAACAAACAAAAACAAAGCAUUUUGAUUUUUGAUUUUGAAUUUGAAUUGAUAAUUACUUUACUGAUCUUGUCAAAAAAAAAAACUCCACUCGCCGAUGGUUUUUUCAAGAAAUAGAUACACCCAUCGAACAAAAUUUAGUAUCACCACGAAACCUCAACUUUAAAACAUCAAUACUGCAAAUUUUCAAAACUUGAAAUCAUGAAGUUUCGAGCUAAGCUGUUGGAAGCCGGUUCCAUGCGUCAGUUUUCAAAUAUCAUCACAACGUUAUCGAAAUUGGCUAAAAACUGUGUUCUCAGGAUAUGUGCAGAUCGUUUAUAUUUUAUUGUCCCUGAAGAGCACAGUAUUCCUUAUAAAAUAUCAGUCUGGUGUAUUUUACACAAGAAUGAAUUCUUCAAUGCGUACGAAAUGGUAGGAGAUACAGACAAGAAUGAAAUUUACUUGAACUUCAACUCGGAUAUGUUGGCAGCUUCUUGUGGUUCAAUCAGAGGAGGAGGCAGUAGCGUUGUUUCGUUGAAAAUUAAACUUACUCAUAAAGUAUCUCCUUGUAUUACAUUAGAAUUGGAACUGGCGUCUUCGAAUUCAAAUUCUCAAAUGUGUAUUUACGAUGUUCCGGUAACUUUGGUAUCGAAACAAGACUGGGUUGAUUAUCAAGAACCAGAAAUUGAUAACUUUAAUAUAAGUACACAGAUGCCAAACACGAGGGUUCUCAAGAAUAUAGUCGAUAAGCUGAAAAAAAUCAAUAAUAAAGUCAUCAUCAACGCUACAACCGAUGGUGCUCUUUCAUUACUGGUUAAAGCUACAACUGCAACGAUUGAAACACAUUUUAAAGACUUGAACGUUCAAUCAUCUAAUACUUCAGAUUCAGCAUCGGUUUGUGUGGAUAUCAGAAAAUUGUCUCAAUUCCUUACGUGCGAUGCAAUCAAUCCCAGCACAAUGGUUUGCAACAUUGUCACCAAUCAUAUGCUGAAUUUAUGUUUGAGCCAUACCGGAUUCCAAUUAAAAUAUUAUCUUUUAGGAAUUGAUGAAUGAGAAUUACGUUUGUUUUCCAUUCUAUCUGUGAUAAUCUCUUGUUCAAAAUUAAAAAUUAUUUAUUUGUAUGUACUAACUAAUGUUUGUUCCAAAAUCCGAGUUGUUUUUGUACUCUUGUGAAUAUUGUUUAUGUAUUGUAUUUUAAUUACUUGCUCGGUGUUUCUUUUUCCUAUAAUUUGAAACUUUAAAAAAAAAAUUGUUACCAAAUAAAAUCAGUUUUAA